GCAGAACAGGGACAUGGUGAGGGAGGAGGGUAUACUGUUUAUAAAGUGCCAGUUUCACAGUGUCAGCUCAUCCUGCAGGACUUAAGCUGGUUUCAGGAGAUCUACACUGCAGCUGCAUCGCGUUGUGCUCUGAACCCCUUCAUACACCACAAUGUUUUGUCUCCUGUUCUUUGCUGUGUUCUGCGCCAGCUGCCUGGCUGCUCCGACGGGUCACAAGUCCUUCUCUCCUGAUGUUGGACCUGGUACUGGCACUGCCUUCGCCACAGGAGGAGGAAACCAAAUGAUCACAGCCAUCAGGGUCUGGGAGAGAAGCGGCGCUUACAUCUGUGGUAUCCAGCUGCGCUUAGCUUUCAUUUGGGCUGAAAGGGUCGGUCUCGAAGUUGGAAUUACGCAACAGCUGGAUCUGUUUGAUGGAGAGAGCAUUGUUCAGAUCUCUGGCAAAUUCAACAGCGACUACAUCUAUCAGCUGACAUUUGUGACCUCCAGAGGGCGUUUUCUGACGGUCGGCCAGCCAUUAACGAACUCCUUCAACUUGUACCCCACCUACCCGGAUGAAGAGCUCAGAUUGCUGAGUGGCCGCUUCAAUGGCGCAGGGAUUACUUCACUGGCAGCUCACUGGGGAGAAUUUGAUAGCAACAUCUCUUACAUACAAGGAUUACAAGGAUGAACAACUGAGUAACUGAUAAAUCAUAGAAUAAUGAUUAAUAAUCAUAAACUGUGAAUGAUCAACCUAAAUGUUUUCAUUAAGAAAUUAUUAAAUUAACACACAUGAUUUAACAAGUAUAGACAAUACUUUUGUAAUGUAUCAAAUGAAGGGGCUUA